UUAUGUUCCCUAUAGUAAGAAGUAUAGUUUGUGGUGUCCUGAAGGCAUUAGUGGAGUUGGCCAAGAGUGAGUGCUGCUGAUUAUGGUUGUCCCACAUAUUUACAACUGCCAGUAGCCAGCCCUUGUGGCUUCUAGAUUCGUGAUCCAUUUUCUGUAGCGAAGCGAGGCAACGCAAUGGGCUAACGACAGAAAUACGUAAAACGCUACGGAACAGUAUGGUGACAAAAUGACAUAAAAAUCUGUAAAUUUAAAAGACUACAGGUUGGCCUGCUUGGCUCGCAAAUUCUACCUCCAGAUACAAACACACCAUUUGUAUUCCUGGUAUUAAUUCCUGUUGUCUUCAUAGCAAAGAUCCAAUAGGAUCAUAAUGGUAAUGAUCCCUUGAUCUGAAUUACGAUGAUGUCACCCCCCUCCCACAGUUCCCCCAGCCCCCUGACCCCCACCACCCCCCCUGACUUCAUCGUCAGGGUCAAGAUCGAGAACCACCCAGUCAGGUUCUUUGUUCACAAGAGACCGCAUGUCGACUUCUUCCUCUCCAUGGUAACCAGGGGUGUGGUCUUUGGGGUGGGCAUGUUUUAUUGGGCGUGGAUUAAUGGGUGGGUGUGGUCUUUAUGAUGAAUUCAUGUAUUUCACAACUUUUUCUGUGAGUGGUAAAAUUCGUACAUACAAUAGGAUAACAGGACACCUCGAUGAUCAGGACACUUCACUAAUCAGGACACCUAACCAAUCGGGAGAUUUCACCAAUCAGGAACACUUUACUAAUCAAGAAAGUAUUUUUGCCAGUGACCACAUUGUGGCGUACUCGCAGUUCAAUUUAGUUCGAAUUUCAGGAGUAAUUUGAGAGUGGGCUGACUUGGUGAUUAAUGCGGGUUUAUGACUUGCUGACUGCGGGGAAAGACAGCUGAGAAUUUCAUGAGCGAGUGUAUUAAUUAUGACUAAUGCGUUCCAUUAUAGCUGUUGUAUAUAGGAUAAUUAUUCGUCAAUGGUGUUAGAGUACUUAGUUGUUCUCUCAAUGUGGUUUUCAUUUACUGUCGUGUGUGUGUGUAGGUCAGUCAGUGGUACGAUGUCGUAAUCUUUACAGCCAGUAUGGAGAUGUACGGCAUGGCAGUUGCAAAGAAGUUGGAGAACAACAGAAAAAUCUUCAAACAGAAAUUCUUCAGACAACACUGUACUAUGGACUUCAAUGGCUAUACGAAGAAGCUGACAACCAUAUCUCAAGACUUGUCCAGCAUAUUCAUAGUUGAUAAUUCACCAGCAGCCUACAGACAGAAUCCAGACAAUGCAGUACCCAUCAAGUCGUGGUUCUCGGAGCCCCACGACACGGCUCUGCUGGAGCUCCUCCCCCUCCUCGACGCCCUUCGUUUCACUCACGACGUGCGACAGUUCUCAGUAGGAAUCUUCACCUGCAUCGCCUGUGGUGACCCUCACUCCCUCCCUCCCUCCACUCCCCACACUCCCCAACCUCACAACUAGAACAACGGUGCCAGUGGUAACCAUGACAACACCAGUCAGUGCGUGGUAACUGUGGCAACCCCGUUUGGUACUAGUCCAGCAUCUCACUAUAUACUCUGUUAGCAAGGGAUGUACUCGUUAGCACAUUCCUCUCUUCACCAAACUCGCACGUCAUUUCAAUGUCCCUCCUGCAAAUUUUUGUAUGAACUUAUAUGGAUAAACCAUCGGAUUUCCAGGUGUCAUUAUUAUUUGUGGAAUAUAUAUUAAUUCAGUUUUCUUAAUUAUUGUCAAUUUCGAUUUCAUGAUUUCCAUGUCAGCCUCUCAACGUUGUACUAAAAACAACUGGAAGAUGAACGAUUGUGGAAGUAUAAAUAAAUAGCUAGAUUUUUUUUGCAAAAUGCUACUUUUUGUUUGUCUUGUUUUUUCUCUUUGCCUUGUGCUGGGAUUGGUUGAGGAAGAGGAGGAGGAGGAGGAGGAGGGGAGGUAUGGCGUGACCCGUCGUCUCUAUGUGGCGAAACAGCUUGUUCCUGUCAUAGCAGGAUGAGGAGGGAAACGAGCUAGAUCGAGAGCUAGGUCGUAGGAUGCAACGUAUAUUACUGACAGAUAUUGCGACAUUUCCGUCCUGUAGAACUCCUCAGUC